GCCGGGCUGGGAGCGGCGACGGUGGCGGAGGCAGCGGUGAUCCAGUGUAGGGGCCCGGCGGGGAGCCUAGCGCACUGGAUCCGGGACCAAAGCCGGAGCAGUCCCGCAACCCCGGUCUCGCGGGAACGCGCCGCUGCUUGGAAAUGGGUCAACUGAGACCCAGAGACUUAACUUUUGCAAGGUCACAGAGCCCAGGACUCAACUCACCCUGAGAAGAUGGACUGUGAUGUGUGUUCCUCAGAGCCUCCAGCCAUGGACCUGGAGGAGUCAGAGGCCUCUGUUCUUCUGUCUUCUUUUGAUUCCCCACCCUCAGUUGCUACUUCCUUAGGACCUGCUUGCCCUUGGGAGCCAGCUGUGCCUGAGGCAGCUUCAGCCAAUGAUCUUGAAGGGACAGGGCCCAAGGGUUUGGGGAGUCUGAAUCUGAUGGACCUGGAUGAAGACCCUAGUGAACAGGAACUUCAGGACCUGGUGGACCAGUUCCAGGCCCUGCCUUCAGACUUGCCAGAAGCACCUUCCCAGGAUGGACACCCGUGUCCCCUCCACAUUGCCACUGGCCGUGGCUUGGCCACUCCAGAAGCUCCAGAAAAUCACGGACUUUUGUCAUCUGAAGCCAGGCAUGAAGACCUGCUCAGUCUUCUGUGCAGUGAGGGAGAAGCACCUCUGACCCAAACAGCGCCCCCAGGCCCCGAAGGCCCCCAAGACCCCAUCCCCUGCCUUCUCCAGCCCCCAAAGAACUGUGCCAAGAGGACAGAGGAGAGGUCUGUGGAUGGAGAGUGUAGUUCUAGUAGCUCCCCAGAGCCCUGGCUGGGACCUACCCCUCUGGCCCAUUCCAAGCAGCUGUCCCCUGAUGCUGGCACCACCCAGACCCCUGAAGCCUUAGCAUGCUAUCCUGCCUUCCAAGAAGUGGCAGGACCCUGUGACCCAGAAGACCUGCUGGAUGGAGUCAUUUUUGGAGCCAAGUAUCUGGGCUCCACCCAGCUUGUUUCAGAGCGGAACCCAUCGAUGAGUGCCCGCAUGGCCCAGGCUCAAGAGGCUGUAGACCGGAUCAAGGCUCCUGAGGGAGAGACCCAGCCCAUGACUGAGGUUGACCUCUUCAUUUCAACAAAGAGGAUCAAAGUCUUGACAGCUGACUCCCAGGAGGCUAUGAUGGAUCACUCCCUGCAGACCAUCUCCUACAUUGCUGACAUUGGCAAUAUGGUGGUGCUGAUGGCCCGAAGGCGUCUGACGAGGCAGCCUGGCUCUCAGGAGCGGCGUCUCUACAAGAUGAUCUGCCACGUCUUCCACUCAGCAGAUGCCCAGCUGAUUGCCCAGGCCAUUGGACAGGCCUUUGGUGUGGCCUAUGGUCAGUUCCUUCGGGCCAGUGGCAUUGAUCCCAGCCAGUUGAGUGCCCAAGAAGACUGUGGGAGGCUGAAUGAGGGGGACCUUCACAAUGGAGACCUGGCCCACUUUUCAAAUCAGGAGAACUGCAGGGAUGUAUGUAUUGAGAAACAGCAGGGAGAAUGCCUGGGGGUGGCGCUGGUAGAAUCUGGCUGGGGUUCCCUGCUGCCCACAGCCGUCAUCGCCAACCUGCUGCAUGGUGGGCCAGCCGAGCGCUCUGGGCUGUUGAGCAUUGGGGACCGGCUCACUGCAGUCAAUGGCACCAGCCUGGUGGGGCUGCCCCUGGCCUCAUGCCAGGCCAUAGUCCGAGAACUAAAGUCUCAGACUUCAGUAACACUGAGUAUUGUGCACUGUCCACCAGUCACCACGGCCAUCAUCCGCCGACCUCAUGCUCGAGAGCAGCUGGGCUUCUGUGUGGAAAAUGGCAUUAUCUGCAGCUUGAUGCGUGGAGGCAUCGCAGAGCGUGGUGGAGUUCGAGUUGGACACAGAAUCAUCGAGAUCAAUGGGCAGAGUGUGGUGGCCACACCCCAUGAUAGGAUUAUCCAGCUGCUUACUGAGGCCCAUAAUGAGGUCCAUAUUAAGAUGAUGCCAGCCUCCACCUACCGCCUCCUCACCGGCCAGGAGCAGCCCAUCUAUCUGUGACCUGGGAGGGGGGCCCAGCUUGGCCCCCCAGACUGAUUACUCUGGCAUCCAUACUCUCAGACUCAGGGGAAGAAAUGAUCCCCAAACCCUGCCUGUACUGGGAAUCCUCAUGGCCAAGACUUCUCCUGGGCUUUGCUCAGUGUCAGUGCCUUAUGCUCUUGUGUGCCACCUUGGGCCUCAGAUCGUCAUGGCUGGAGCUGCUACAAUCCUGGGCACCAGGGAUCUCUCCCUAUCUGGCCUGGGCUCAGUUUGCCUACUUCCUUCUACCCACCAAUGGGUUAUGCCCCCUUUCUGAAGAGUGUGUGGGGGAAGGGCCACAGAAGUGUUUUUUAAAGCUAUCCUUUUAGCUGGUAAAGAUUAAACUAAGCAGUGAAAAGAGA